UGAAGAAGGGGGAAAGGCGAGAGAGAGGGGAGACGAGAGUGGCACUGAGCCAGCAGAGUGGUGUGCGUAUGACAGAGCGUCAAGUCCUCGCUCUCCUCUUCUCUCCUCUCCUCUCCAUCUUUCUUUCCGUUUUCUGCUUCAGUUUGUUAUAUGGAUGAUGGACUCUUUAAGGCUCCGGCUGGUGUUCCAAUCGCCCAACAUUCUGAGCGAAUCGCAGAGAUCAGAGGGGCUCAAUCGGAGCUGGCUGCUUCUCCGACCUCGGCAACACGGAGCAGCCAUCUCUGAUCUCUCGUCUCAUAUCUCCAACAUUUUCCACCUCCAUCACUCUUGCCCUAAUGGCCUCGUCCUCUCCGUGGAUGGUUUUGUGUUGCCACCAUUUGAGUCCACUUGUAUUCUGAGGGACAAUGAUGUAAUCAGUGUCAAAAGAAAAGGACGGAUUCUGCCUGCAACUGUUGAGGUUGGUGAUGGAACUAAUGUGAUUGAGGAGGAAGUUCAGAAGAAGCAACACUUGCUUACUGCUGGCCAGCGUUCGGCAAAUGACUUUGAAAAAGUGUUGGGAAGUUGCUGCAGUGAAUCUGAAGAGGAUGAAGACCAGCCAGAGAAUAAGUUGCAUGUGGAAAAUUCAUCAGGUGGAACUGCGGUUUCCAAGAAAAGAAAAGCAUCAAAAAAACACCAAAGCGCAAAGAAGAAGAAAAAAUGUUCUAUGGUUCUUCCAGAUAUUGAGAAUGCUGUUCAAACAGAGCAGAAUGUGAGCUGUCACAGUGAUGGCCUCCACCAUGGCAAGACUAUCAAUAUGAAAAAUCAAUUAUAUGAAGUGAAGAGUAAACCUAAGAGAGCAAGUAAACCUAGGAAUGCUGCAAGGAGUAAUGGCAUUUCUGAACGUUUUCCUAGUUUGAAAAGGUUUGGUGAACUUCAAGAAAAUGUCAAAGGAUGUGCUGAUAUUUGUAAUAUACCUGAUGGAAGUGGAAAGGUGUGGUAUGCCAUCACGUUUAGUUCCUUUUAUGCUAUUUUAAUUAUCAUAUACUUUCAAGUUGAAAAAACUGUUUUCAUAUUCUUUUUUAAGUUUUACUUAUCACUGAUAAUGGUAGCAGCUAUGAAAGAGGAGGAGAGUAGGUGUGUGCUGGUUGUCUGCUGCAUGUUGUAG